AUGCAAAACGAUGAGGUCAUUUGGAACGUCAUUAACAAGGACUUUUGUUCCUUCAAAGUGAAGACGCAGCGCGAGGACAUGUGCAGAAACGAGUACAACGUGACUGGCAAAUGCAACAGAGUGUCCUGCCCCCUAGCAAACAGCAACUAUGGCACGGUUGUGGAGCACCAGGGCGCGCUGUUCCUUUGUCUCAAGACGAUUGAGAGGGCCCACCUGCCAAAGAAGAUGUGGGAGAAGAUUCGGCUUCCUCUCAACGUCAAGCAGGCGAAGCAAGUUAUCGAGAGAGAAAUGAAAAACGUCUACAAAAAUCACCAGAUUGAACGAUGCAAGAGAAGGGCGAUCAAGCUGAAACAAAUGCUCGACCGCAUGCGCCGGCUCGAACUCAAACCCAAGGAGAAGCUGGUGCCAGUCAAGCAAAAGACCGAGCGCAGAGAGCGCGCGCGCGAGAAGAAGGCAGAGGUCGCUGCGCAUUUGGAAGACGUUAUCGAGUCCGAGCUUCUCAAGAGGCUGCAACAGGGUGUGUACGGAACUCUGUAUAACUUCGAGUCCGAGAAGGCUGAGGAGGCGGAGGAGCAAGAGGACGCGGAGGAACGACGGCAAGGCAAGGCUGAGAAGAAAGGCGCAGUCACGUUCGAAGAAGAGGAAGAUGAAGAGGAAGACGACGAGGAGGCGGCAUCCGACGAGGACAGCGAGGAAGAGGACCAAGAGGACUUUGAGUGGGAUGAGUCCGAUGAAGAUGAAGACAUUGAAGACCUCGAGUUCAGCGAAGAGGACUUUGCGGAGCCCGCGCGAAAGGCCGCCAGGCGCGGAUCGACGGCGACUUCGAUGGAGGGCCGCCGCAGGCGGGCAGUCCAGCGCGAGGCGGAAGACGAACAAUCCGAAGAGGAGUCUUCGGCGAAACGAGAGGAGGAGUCACGCGGUUCGUCAGGAAGGCGUCUCUUGCAGGUUGCAGGGCUCAAACGACAGCUUGCCAAACGAGGCCGACCACGGGAAGCGAUUCGUUUUGAGGAAGAAGAGGAAGAGCCUAUGCUUCAGCGGAACUGA